UCUAGAGAAGAAAAUACAGACAAAAAGAGGAGAAAAUCUCAGAGAGAGUAGGGUUUCUUUCAGGUGUUUUUAGCAGCAGCAUGUCUAUCAAAAUGAAAGAGAAGACAGAGGUGCGUCUGGUGUUCCUGGGAGCCGCUGGAGUGGGGAAGACAGCCCUAAUCCAGCGAUUCCUCAAAGACACUUUUGAGCCCAAGCAUCGGCGCACGGUGGAGGAGCUCCACAGGAAGGAGUUUGAUGUCGGGGGCGUCAAAGUCACCAUCAACAUCAUGGACACGAGCGGCAGCUACUCCUUCCCCGCCAUGCGUAAGCUCUCCAUCCAGAACAGCGACGCCUUCGCCCUGGUCUACGCCGUGGACGACCCGGAGUCGCUCGAGGCGGUGAAGAGUCUGCGAGAUGAGAUCCUGGAAGUCAAAGAGGACAAGUACACGCCGAUAGUGGUGAUAGGUAACAAGAUCGACCGCCACAACGAGCGCCAGGUGUCCAGCGAGGAUGUGCUGUCCCGGGUGGAGCUCGACUGGAACAACAGCUUCCUGGAGUCGUCGGCUAAAGACAACGUGAACGUGCUGGAGGCGUUCAGGGAGCUGCUGCAGCAGGCAAACCUGCCCAGCUGGCUGAGCCCAGCGCUGUGCAGACGACGGGAGACUUUACCUAAAGAGAACAACAAACAACCGAUGCUGAACAAGACCAACAGCUGCCUCAUCUCGUAAAGACACAAAAAGAGGCUUAAGGAGAGGAGAGCUGCUGGAUCUGAGACUGACGGAGCUUUGUUGGUGAAAAAAACAAGAGACAGUGUGAUGUUUUUAAGGAGUAAACUCCUCUAAAGCAUCAGGGAAGCUGCGGAAAAGACAGACACAUUAUGAAGAAAUCAGCUUAAGGGCAUGGAAGAAUGUAGUGAAAAAGGGGGAAAGUAAACAGGCACUUGCUUUAUAUGAAUGUUAAAAAAUAAUAAUUUUGACCAUGCAGUAAAAGCUUAAAAUGCUCCAUUCUUUUUUAGAGACUUUAUGUUUUUCAUGAUGAUGGUAAAAAAGUGCAAUAACUGUGAUGCUUAUUCAUGCAAAAGUCUGUUUACAUAUGUCAAGAAUAAAGUGAACAACAGAUGGGUGUAUGUUUUAAAUACCAACACAUGAAAAAUGUUGUGGUGAAUUCUUGUCUUCUUUGUCUCUCUGUGUUUUAGGAGUAAGUUUUGUGUUGCUACAUCCUGUAAAAAUGUCAUUUAUUUUCCUUUUUUUGCCAUUAAACACUAUAUGAAUA